AUGUUGCCUUUGCGGCCUCGGAAGUUUCAUUUGACGGCUGUCAAAUCUCGACUCAACGUCCUGACUAGACUGCUCGUCAUUCUAUACAUCACUCUCAGUGCCAUCUACCUCUACAUGUCUAGGGACCCCUCACCGCCAGCAUGGGGAUUUCAUCGCAAUGGCGGACUCUACUUGGCCGAGAAGCCGACUCGCUUGAGAAUGCGGCCGAGCUGUACCGUCGCCGCCGCGGUCGACACCCUCCGCCUGGAUUCGCGGAAUGGCACCGGUUCGCAAAAGACAGAGGAGCUUUAA